CUCUCUCUGUCGCAAAAGCAAAGAACACCACGUUGGUUUCGAUUCCUCCCAACUCCCAAGCAACGCGCUCUCUCCUCUCCAAUUUGCAAAUCCUUGCGCAGAAAGCGCCUCCGAGCCCUCGCCAUUGCCGCGCUCCAGCGCAGCCAGCGUUUUGCGGGAUCGGGGCGGCGGUUGCUGGACGAGCCGGCCCUCCGUCGCAUCGAUUUGGAGGCACUGAGCUUAUCAAGGACGAUGCUCGUAUUUAGAUGACGUAAAGCGUGUCGUGCGCGACACACUUGAUAGGAAGCGAUGAAUAUCAGCGCGCUUCUCACCUCUGCGGGCAUCAACAUCGGCCUCUGUGUGCUCUUCCUGUCGCUCUAUUCUGUUCUCAGAAAGCAACCAGCUAAUGUCAGGGUCUACUUUGGGCGGAGGAUUGCUGAGGACCACGAUCAGCUCCGAGAGGCUUUUGUUUUGGAGAGAUUUGUUCCAUCAACUGGCUGGAUAGUGAAAGCCCUGCAGUUAACUGAGGAAGAGAUCUUGGCUGCUGCUGGGAUGGAUGCUGUUGUUUUCAAUAGAAUUCUAGUAUUCAGCAUACGCAUCUUCUCCCUUGCUGCCCUUCUGUGUGUUUUCGGAAUUAUUCCACUGAAUUAUUUCGGACAGGAUAUACACCAUGUCCGGAUUCCUUCAGAAUCAUUAGUUAUAUUUACAAUCGGGAAUGUGGCAGUGAGAUCAAGAUGGCUCUGGGUCCAUUGUGUAGUCCUGUACAUAAUUUCUGGGGUAGCUUGCAUUCUCCUAUACCUUGAGUACAAGCACAUUGCCAGGUUGAAGCUCCUUCAUCUUACAAGUGCAACACCAAAUCCAAGCCAUUUCACUGUCCUUGUUCGUGGAAUACCAAAGACUACUAAAGAAUCAUGCAUUGAUGUUGUUAAUGAUUUCUUCACAAAGUAUCAUGCAUCAAGUUACCUCUUCCAUCAAGUUGUAUACAAAGUUGGGAAGGUUCAGAAGAUAAUGACUGGUGCAAAGAAGGUAUAUAACAAGUUCAAACAUUUCAAGGACAACACUGUCGAUCAGGGAUGCAGAGCAAUUACCUACCCAUGUUGUCUUUGUGGAGCCUCUUCUAAUUCUUCCACGUUAUUAAGCACAGAAUUUGAGCAAAGCAAGGGGAAGGCUGACAGCGAUUCCAGCUUGAACUUGCAUGAUGAGGAAUGUACAGCCGCUUUUGUAUUUUUCAAAACUCGGUAUGCCGCACUUGUUGCAUCAGAAAUACUUCAGACAUCUAACCCUAUGAAAUGGGUUACUAAUCUAGCUCCGGAACCAGAUGAUGUGUAUUGGUCCAACCUUUGGCUACCCUAUAAGCAGCUUUGGAUUCGCCGUAUAGCUACACUCCUAGGUUCUAUUGUUUUUAUGUUCUUAUUUCUGAUACCGGUGACAUUUAUACAAGGACUAUCUCAGCUAGAGCAACUGCAGCAGAAGCUUCCUUUCCUAAAAGGAAUAUUGAAGAAGAAAUACAUGAGCCAGCUAGUGACUGGAUACCUUCCCAGUGUCAUACUGCAAAUUUUUCUGUACACCGUUGCACCAAUUAUGAUGCUAUUCUCUACAUUAGAGGGACCUACAUCGCACAGUGAAAGGAAGAAGAGUGCUUGCUGCAAAGUGCUAUACUUCACAGUUUGGAACGUAUUCUUUGUUAAUGUCUUAUCUGGUACUGUUAUAAGCCAAUUGAAUGUGCUGUCAAGCCCAAAGGAUAUCCCUGUCCAGCUUGCUAGAGCUAUACCUGGGCAGGCUACCUUCUUCAUAACCUAUGUUCUGACUUCAGGCUGGGCCAGUUUAUCAUCUGAAGUUAUGCAGCUCUUUGGUCUGAUAUGGAACUUUAUAAGGAAAUAUAUUCUGAGCAUGAGAGAAGAUGCAGAAUUCGUUCCCUCGUUUCCCUAUCACACAGAAGUACCAAAAGUUAUGUUGUUUGGACUAUUGGGCUUCACAUGCUCAGUACUGGAACCUCUGAUCUUACCUUUCCUGUUGGUGUACUUUGUCCUUGGUUAUGUUGUAUAUCGCAAUCAGUUGCUCAAUGUUUACCGCACAAGGUAUGACACAGGUGGUUUGUAUUGGCCAAUUGCACACAACACAGUCAUAUUCUCUCUUGUGCUCACCCAGAUCAUCUGCCUCGGUGUAUUUGGCCUUAAAGAAUCACCAGUAGCUGCAGGCUUCACCAUACCUCUUAUCAUCCUUACUCUUUUAUUCAAUCAGUAUUGCAGAAAUCAGCUUCUCCCAUUAUUCAGGACUUGUCCCGCACAGGAUUUAAUUGACAUGGACCGGGAAGAUGAACGGUCAGGGAGAAUAGAUGAAAUUCACCACCGACUUCAUUCUGCUUAUUGCCAGUUCCCUGACACUGAAGAUGUACCCUUGGAGAAAAUUCAGACUGUCGGUAGGAAUGAGGAGCAAGGUUCUAGCUCGAUGAGUCCAAUGGCAAAGAAACCUGUGAGAAUCUCAGAAGAGAUUUGUCUCACCCAACACUGAAAGGACUCCCCGUUAGCCGUCUGCAGCAUGUUGUGAGAGGAAUGAGCAUUCGAGGAAGACCCCGAGGACCCGAAGUUUGAAGAAGGAGCAGACGAGGACUUCAACGAAGGCAAGUCCUACAACCGUUGAUUAUGUUGAUCCUAUGUUUUUAAAUACAACCUGUAGAGCCGUUGUUUCAAACAAUAGGAGUAUGCAUGAUUAGAUUAAUAGUUGUGAUUUUAGAGAAAUGCUAGAAUAGUUAUGAUCUAGCUUGUUUAUCCCAAGCCUUGUCAUUGUUACCUUUAUUCCGUUUAAACUCUAGAAAGUUCCUAACAUCAACUAUAAUGAUUGUUUGGAUGAAUGCUUGUUUACUUAGUAUGCUUAGGAUUGCUUUGCUCAAAAGAAAUGACUAGAUUAUUUACAUAUGUUAAUCAUGUUUUUCAAAAAUGUGAAGUGAUGUGUGCUUGGUGCGUGUGCGAGUAAAACUUGUGUUCUUGGAAAAACUCUAGAGUAGUGUUGACGAGGGUGAGUAAGGUACCCCACAAAGGUGAGAACUACCUUGGAGCAAGGUUCGCCUUUGUGGUGUUCUUGCUGGGAGACUCUUGCCUCGGUCGUAUAAGGACCGGUUCGCUGUGACAUCUCACCUAGUAUCCACUCGUACAACCACAUAGCCUGAAUGAGCAGGACUUGACCUAACCCCUCUGACUUAGUGCGGUACCCACCCGGAGGCUGGUAGUGGCAAUGGGGACCAGGAGAAGACUUGGGUGGUGCGUAGCCCAAGGUCCGGCUGGUGAUAUUGUUAAGGCUAUGUCAAAGCCUUGGGAUUGCUAAGUGGUCCUUCCCGUGGAUCUUCUAAGGCCCCUGGUAUCUUAGUGCCCCAUGGGUGGAUAUUGUGACUUCGUUGUGAGGUCGUUGCGUCUCGUUAUGACAGUUUCACCAGUUGCUAAGGUGGGAGCUUGUGCAUAUCUUGUGGGUAAAGUGUACAACCUCUGCAGAGUGUUAAACCUAUCCGGAUAGUCGUGUCCUCGGUCAAGGACAUGCUAUGGUUUGGUCACAAUGAUUAGCUUUUCGGCGUGAGUAUCUCCUUGGUGUGUGAGUGGGCUGUGUGCCCGUGUUUUCGAAAAGAAGGGUUUUGGCUUUGUGCUCUAAGCCUCCUGGACUGUGUCCGCUAGCAAAAGACUUAUGGGAACUGGUGGGAUGAAAGUAUCUCCCCCAGGGCCGUCAACCUUCAUAAGCUCAACUUACGUGUUCUCUUCGGAAGUGUUUUUAUUAAAGUUAGUCUUUGCAAAAUGAACCUUACAUCAACAAAACUAGCUUUCCGCAAAACCUAAAAGACUCUACAGCCUUAUCCUUGAUCUACUCUUAAGCAUCUAAUUUUUCCCCUUGAGGUAGGACUUGCUGAGUACCUUAUAUACUCACACUUGCUAAUU